AUGGAUCUGUGCUCCCUGCACGUCAAGAACAUCAACAGAAGCCCUUUUAUGCAUAGGAACUCGUUUACUGAGAAACCCAUUUCUUGGAACUUCGGAAAUGUGAGGCCUUCUUGGGCUGGUGUUGAAGAUGGGAGGGACUUUGAGAGUGGGGUCUUAAAUUCGAAGCGCAGGGUUUCCUCUAAUGGGUUUCGUUCUUUGGUUGUCAGAGCCAUGGGGAAGAAGAACAAUAAUGGAAAUUCAUCUAACUCUUCCUCUUCUUCAGGAAAUGGUGACCGCUCUGUUCCAGAAGGUGAUGGUGAAAAAGAAAACGAUUCUUCAGAAAACUUCAGAGACACUUCUUCCCAGAAAAAUUAUCGUAUAAACUUGGAUUGGAGAGAGUUCAGAGCAAAGCUAUAUACUGGGUGGCAGGGAGAACAAGUGGAAUCUGAUGCUCAGAACCAAGGUGGGACUCCCUACCAAUCGAAACCUCUUGGCCUGAAGUGGGCUCAUCCUAUUUCCGUACCUGAGACAGGCUGUGUCCUGGUUGCCACAGAAAAGCUUGACGGAGUUCGCACCUUUGAAAGAACUGUUGUUCUUCUCCUCAGAUCAGGAACCAGACACCCAGAAGAGGGGCCAUUUGGAGUUGUUAUCAACAGGCCACUCCACAAAAGGAUCAAACACAUGAAGCCCACUAAUCUUGAUCUUGCAACCACAUUUUCUGAUUGUUCUUUGCAUUUUGGUGGGCCUCUCGAGGCAAGCAUGUUUUUGUUAAAAACAGCAGGCAAGACAAAGCUUCCUGGGUUUGAAGAAGUGAUCCCUGGCCUUUGUUUUGGUGCUCGUAACAGCCUGGACGAAGCUGCUGGGCUAGUAAAGAAGGGUCUUGUUAAGCCCCAGGAUUUCAGAUUCUUUGUUGGAUAUGCUGGGUGGCAGCUGGAUCAGUUGACAGAGGAGAUUGAAUCGGAUUAUUGGUACGUGGCUGCUUGCAGCUCAAAUUUGAUUUAUGGGGCUUCAUCAGAGUCUUCUUCAGAAAGUUUGUGGGAAGAAAUUUUGCAGCUAAUGGGUGGCCAGUAUUCUGAAUUGAGUCGAAAGCCUAAGCAGCAGGAUAUGUAG